UCCCUUAAGAAAAAAAAAAAGCAAGAAAUCAUCAGCUUUUGACACAGUCUCCAAGAUUCAAAUCUAUCUUUGAAUGUGACCUUUACCAAGCAUCUCAUUUGCAAUUCUAUUUUAUGAAACGCUGGAUAUUAAAGCCUCAGAGAAUGAGUCCUGCAGGCUGGAAUGCAAUCAAGCCAUUAGGUGUGGGUGGAGUCCGAGCCAAGCUAUCAUAUCUUUCAUUUCCUCAGAAGACCAAAGCAGAGCUGCUCCCAUUUUUGUGUGAUUGUUGUAAUGGCGUUAUGGGGAGUUUUGUUUGGGCUCCUUUUGUCAGGUGGGAGUCUUUGUGCCGCUUUAAAAAGCUUCAACACAACUUCCAUACCAACCAAAAGAGCGUGGACAUGGACACAGCCGCCAACGCAGCCAAAAACAACAGAUCAUCAGUCAAAUAGGACCUCCCCUGUCAACCAGCGGCUCUGGAUCUAUCAGCUGAAGAGGCCUGCUGUUGAAGAGCAUGCAAAAAGGCCGCAAACACAGGAGGCCAGUGAGCCACCGCCCUCUGUCCAAGAUCACAUGUUACAGACCAUAAUUGAGGGUCCAAAUCUUGACCCGCCCGCUGAGGACGAUCCAAAGAUGGCGGUUGACUUUGAACAGCGGGUGCCUGUGCCAGCUGACAGCCUGGUGGUGCAAUGUGGUGAGGGAGAGGUCAUCAUAGAGGUCAAGCAGAACUUCUUAGGAAACGGUCAGCUGAUCCGUCCGAGUGAUCUGACCUUAGGAGGCUGCAGCCUGCUGAGCGUUGCCGACCGCAUGCUACGUUUCCAGACGGAGCUGCACAGCUGUGGCAGCACAAAAAAGAUGACAGAUGAAGCCCUCAUCUACACCUUUUCACUCACCUACUCGCCAACGCCAGUCGGCAGCACCUUAAUUUUUAAGACAAACCCUUCCGAGGCGUUAAUUGAAUGCCACUAUCCGAGGAGGCACUAUGUGAGCAGUGAUGCCAUUAUGCCUCAUUGGCAGCAGUUUGCGUCUAGCCUGUUAACAGAGCAGCAGCUACACUUCUCCCUGAGGCUCAUGACAGAGGAGUGGCAGCCGCAGAGGUUCUCCGGUGUUUACGACGUGGGCGAGAUGAUGCAAAUCGAAGCCUCGGUCCUUCAGGGCUAUCAUAUUCCACUGAGGGUCUUUGCUGACAGCUGUGUGGCCACCAUGAGCGCCUCCCCAAAUUCUCAACCAUCAUAUACCUUUAUUGACAAUCAUGGGUGUCUAAUAGAUGCUACGAUGACAGGAGCCAAGUCAUUCUUCAUGCAGAGAAGCAGUGAGAAUAAACUUGUUUUCCAGCUGAAAGCCUUCAGUUUCCACCAAGAUCACAAGAAUUCGCUUUAUAUCACAUGUCAGCUGCUAGCAAGUGCCCUCUCUGUUCCAGUCAACUCGCAGCUCAAAGCCUGUUCAUUUUUAGCUGAAGCCAAAAGAUGGGUGGCGUCAGAUGGGGAGAACAAGGUGUGUAGCUGUUGUGAAAGCAGCUGCAGUGAGCAGCGACGGAAAAGAAACCUUGGAGACGAUGCCGGUCUCUUUCCACAGUGGGAGGGGACAGCUCAUCCUGGCCCCAUCCAAGUGGAGGAGGACAUGUCGCAGCCAGAAUCCAGUUCUAAUCUUCAGACGAAAGACGUUACACAAUCGGCUUCCUCACGAUCUUUAGCCACACUGUGUAUGUUGGGGACAAUGCUGGCGGUGAUGCUGCUCACUGUCAUGAGUGCUGCCAUUUGCAGCAGAAUGCACAAACCCACUGUAAAGCGACCUAACUGAGGAAAAUAAAGAAAUCAUGCCCAA